AUGGCAUUGGCAGAUGAUUUCGGAGGGACAUGGUCCCGGGAGGAGGCAAAAGCGCUUAUCGCCAUAUGGUCAAACGAACAGAUUCGUCAGACGUUGGAACAAAGUUAUAGACAGAACACUACAGCGAAAUUUCGGAGUGGUUAAACGACCAUGGCUUCAAAAGGACUUGUAAGCAGUGCCAAAUAAAUAUAAAGGACAUGAAGUAUAGGUAUAGACAAACACUAAGGAACCCAAGCAGUAGUGGCCGAGUGACCUGUCCAUCCUUUUCUGAACUGCACACAUUUCUCGCCUCCAAGCCUAAUAUGCCUCAGUCUAAGGAACUCAACGAUGAGGAAGAUAAUGGUAAGCAAAUUCAGCUAUGUGAAGCUAUAACAUCAAGACCUUCUAGUGUUGGUUGAAUUUGCUAUCAUGGUUAGCGUCUGGUUGAAUUAGCUAGUUAACGGUACUUAACAGCACUCAGUUACUUUAUUAAAAUGUAUUGCACUAGUAACAGUAUUGAAACUUCAGUUAUUUGCAGUAUAAAUGUAUUAUUUUGGACGCAGUGAACUAGCUACAAAAUUACUGCACUGUUGACAACAUACUGCAGUAACACUAGCCUGAGUGCCAGUCUGUCUGUGCUCUCAUGUCAACUCCUUAUCACUCGAUCAUUGUCAUGCCAAACAAAAACUGUGAGCUGGAAAGUCACUAAAUGUUUACUUUCCUACCAGGUCGUCCUCUUCCUCUGUCACCUCUGUGCCUUUUGGUUCCUCCUCUGCAGCUCUAUGGCAAGUUGUUCAGCGGAGAGACAAAUGGACUACGGGUUGGUGGAGGAGUUUGUAACCACUGUGUUGGAGAUAAUCCCUGAUCUGAUGAGAGAAAGUCCAACUCAUCAUCGGGCUAUGAGCACAGGUGAGAGAUACCAUACCUACUACACUGGGGUGUCGCAAACACAGCCUGUCAUUGUAGGUUUUUCAGCUGCUACCUGGGAAGUGUAUCCUGGAGGCAGCACAAGCACAGUGAGACACUUGAUCAAGUGUUAUCGGGCGUUUGUGUGUAACAGAUGUCACUGUGCUUGCUUAGCCGUAUUCUACCAAUUCCUCCCGCACCAGCUCAAACAAAACUGGAACCCGGGACCCUUGCCUCGCAAUCACGUGACCGCCCUCCUUGACAAUGUCCUAGCCAGUUAGCCACUGAAAAGUUAGCAAUUCCGUUGCACGGUUGGACAUAUUUUAUGUUAGUGGUGUGUCAAAUUCAUGAGGGGUAGGCUAUGACAUAACUGCUACACCGAGGCGUUGUGAAAGCAGUCUGUUACACUGAAGUGCAGGGGCGGCCUGUUCAAUAGGGCGAUAUGGGCGACGCACUGCCAAACGGGAAAAGGAAGGGAUUUUUUUUCUAAUCAAUUAUAUCACGGCAACAGUAGUUAUCAGUGUUGUAAUCUAUACGUCUGAUCUGCCACAGUGCCACACUGCCACUAAAUGUCGAAUCAGGCUAAAGUCGUGCUUCAAAUGGCUCCCCCCCCUUUUGGGGCGAUUUCAGUCAGGUUGAAAAUCGCCCAGAAGUCUGUAAUAGACUCCCAUGUAAAAUCUAUUUUUUUCAAAUUUCAGAGCCUUCAAUACAAUCUCAAUGGGUGUCUGUGGGCUUGCACUUACGCGCUUUCGUCAUACGUUACGUAACCAUGAACGUAACUGAGAAAAGAGUGGAUUGUUUGAAAGAAGUUCCUUUUUGUCGGCGAACAAAUGGAGAUAAAUUGGCAACGAAACAAUUAGGACCUCCCAGACCAAAUUUAAUAAUUCAACAGGUUUCUACUAAAGGCGGAAAGUCCUACACCCGAGGAUUUUCCAAAAAUUGGUACGAACGAAAAAAGACAUUGCCACUCACUCAACUGGAUGACGAGGGAUACAGGCUAGCUGUCCGCCGCCACAACGAUGAGGUUAGUGUUGAUAAUCACAAGUUUACUGGAUGUGGAUAUGGUGUAAUAAAGGCAGUUUAUUCAGAGGUAAAUAUAUCUGGAAUCGCGUUCACGGACCCGUUCGUCAAACUCUUAGGGAGCUAUAAAUUAAGCCCCAUUACUUACCAUAUCAGAUAAGAGAAAUUGCUGCAGCUACAUAUAUUUUACAUCCUGGCCCUACAUAGUUCACUAUUUGCAUCACUUACCAAAAUAUUACAUGUGGUCAUAUAUGCUUGGAAAGUGGAGAUGCCAUAGAACGUCAAAAAAGUAAACAUUGCUGGAGACACAUUGCCGUUUUGGAGAAGACAUCGCGUUUGCUAGCGAAGAGAUUUGUUGUGGCAAAUGAACUUGGGCUGGGAAUUGCCAGGAACCUCACGAUAAGAUAUAUGCAUCAGCAUUGCGAGUCUCAUGAUUCUAUACGUAUUGCGAUUCGAUACUGUGAUUUUAUUGCGCACCAUAUGUCUGUUGCAGAGCGAUCAGAAAGCCAUGAGAACGAGUUUUGAUCAGUCAUGGAAAUAAAAGUGCUGAAAACAAAUUUGCUCCCAAUGUGAAAAGAUUGAGAACAAGCUAUGAAGGAACAAUAAUGGUGUUUUGGUGCAGGUACAGCCAACUAGCGCUAAAAUAUUGCGAUAUUGUCAAUACAGUAUAUCGUAAAGUAUCACUAUGUAACUCGAUUUUUUUCACCCCAAUCCCUCAAAUUAACGGUAAAUAACUGAAUUGUUUGCCCCACAUUUAGCUAAGAUGAUUAGCUAGCCAGCUAAAAUGUUUUAUUUAGUUAGCAGUCGCAUCUACAAUAGUUUACUGUCAAUAACAUGUCUCCAAAAAUGACGUGGUGUCUCCAAUUGUGUUGACAUUUUACAAUUGCAAUGCGCAUCCAUGAGUAUCCACUUUCUGUAGCUCAGCUGGUAGAGCAUGGUGCUUGUAACGCCAAGGUAGUGGGUUCGAUCCCCGGGACCACCCAUACACAAAAAUGUAUGCACGCAUGACUGUAAGUCGCUUUGGAUAAAAGCGUCUGCUAAAUGGCAUAUUAUUAUUAUUAUUAUUAUUAUUAUUAUUAUCUGAAGAGAGCCCCGAAACAUUGUGUGCAGACAUUUUAUGCAAUAAAUGAAGUAGGUUCAAUCUAGUAGUUCUGAUCUUCUGAUUGGUCCUGAUGAGUUGGGCGAGGUCCCCUGCAGGCUACUGUCACUGUUGCAUUGGCUCUGAGUCGGGUUCUCUGUCUUCAAAUGUUCAGCCUAAGAGAGGGGAUUUUUGUGUGUGUGUGUGUGUGUGUGUGUUUAACAGUGAUGAUGUGUGUGUGUGUGUGUUUAACAGUGAUGAUGUGUGUGUGUGUGUGUGUUUGUAUGUGUGUGUGUCCUCAGAGCAAGAACUCGUGAGUUGGAAGAACUGAGAGGCCUAUGGCGUGGGUGUUGUCCUUGGCCACCUGCUGACAAGGCUGACAAGAUAGGACCCUUUUGUCCAUUGUUAUUGGAUAGGAACAGAACUUAUAACCAGCUCCUGACCUAAAUAGAUCUUAGCACAACAUUUUACUCAACAUAUCAUAUUCCAUAUUCACUAUAACAAAUAUAUUUACUACGACAUUAGCAAGAACCGCCACAUCCUCAGCCGGCUAAUCCAGUGUGUGAAGUUUUGCGGAGUGUUUGAGUUAGCUUUGCGAGGCAAAGAUGAAACUGAGGGCUCCACCAACCCUGGUAAGCCAACACUUUUGAGAUCAGUCAAUAAAUGCUUCUGGUAUUGACUUAUAUGCUGCCCCUGUCUUCAUGUUGUUGCUGGACAUAUAUUUUUUUAAAUGUGUGUAGGUCACCUAAAUCAUCAGAAAAAUUGCCCCUCCUGAGAAUUUUUUCAGGAGCCGCCACUGCUGAAGUGCAUGCCGGCAGUAAUUUUAUAAGCCACUUUAUUAAGUGUUCACAGGCGUGAGCCACACAUCCAAUUCUUGAAACUAGAACCAGAACGUAAUUUUACUCUGAGCACCAACACUCGCAGAGCCGCACUGCUCACACCAAGGUUUCAUUGAAAAUAAUGGGAGCUCAUUCCUGGCAAGAAGAGUUACGCUUCCAAUGUAACAGGCUUGUAAAAAGUUGUUUCACAUUGUUUUGUAGAAAUUGCCUGUGGAUUCAGUGUCAAAUAUUAUAUUUCACACGCCAUAAUCAUUGAUUAUUCCUCUACAGUAGGGGCCCCUACAACUAUACUUUAUACCAACUACUGCCUGCUAUAACUUUAUUAUACCCUACUCACUGUAGGCUUAUGCCAGAUUGGUUUGCGUCACUCCAGAGAGAACACUGCUCCAAAGUCCAAUGGCGGCAAGCUUUACACCACUUCAGCCGACGCUAGGCGUUGCGCAUGGUGAUCUUAGGCUUGUGUGCGGCUGCUCGGUCAUGGAAACCCAUUUCAUGAAACUCCCGAUGAACAGUUCUUACAUUUUUCUUGUGCUGACGUUGCUUCCAGAGGCAGGAACUCUGUAGUGAGUGUUGCAACCGAGGACAGACAAUUUUUAUGUGCUUCAGCACUCGGCGGUCCCGUUCUGUGAGCUUGUGUGGCCUACAACUUCGCGGCUGAGCCGUUGUUGCUCAAAGACAUUUUUCACUUCACAAUAACGUCACUUACAGUUGAACGGGGCAGCUCUAGCAGGGAAAAUAAAAUGGACGAACUGACUUGUUGGAAAGGUGGCAUCCUAUGACGGUGCCACGUUGAAAGUCACUGAGCUCUUCGGUAAGACCAUUCUACUGCCAAUGUUUGUCUAUGGAGAUUGCAUGGCGGUGUGGUCAAUUUUAUACACCAGUCAGCAACGGGUGUCGCUGAAAUAGCCAAAUACACUAAUUUGAAGGGGUGUCCACAUACUUGUGUUUGUAUAUAUAGUGUGAUGUAUGUCCUAAUAAUAGAUAAAGGAAACCUGAUGUAAGCAAAUAACACAAAAACGAAGGUCCUUUUUCAUGUAUUUAUUGUCUGUCAGAAAGGAUGCUAACAUGCUCUCACCAAUAACAGGGGAGGUUAGCAUUGUUUGGGUGGUAUGAUCUUAAUUUGCCUCUAUAACCUUCUCACUCAUCAUUAUUCAGUCUUUUCAUGAUUAUCCAUAAUCAUGGUAGCAACCACAUGAAUGUAGAAUUGUUCAGAAACAUUCCAUAAUUGUCACAACCCUACCAGAAACACCCAAAACAAAAACUGCAAAUGCAUCCAACGAGUUUGAGUUACAAAUAAUAUAAUAUAAUAUGCCAUUUAGCAGACGCUUUUAUCCAAAGCGACUUACAGUCAUGCGUGCAUACAUUUUUGUGUAUGGGUGGUCCCGGGGAUCGAACCCACUACCUUGGCGUUACAAGCGCCGUGCUCUACCAGCUGAGCUACAGAGGACCACACAAGCCAAAUUCUAAACCUUUGACAACCUUAAUACACUUUAUUGAGCUGAUUUAAUCUAGAGGUUCACAUACUUUUUCCAACAAAGAAAUUGAAUGUUGGAUCAAUUUGCUCAAUAAAGAAAUGAAAAGGUACACGUUUUUGUGUGUUUUGUUUAAUUGUUACUCUGACUCCCUCUGGUGGCAUUUUCUAAAUUACGCAUACUAUUGUACACUACCCUCAUUAAGUACAUUUAGGUUUCUAAACUAUAAGUCUUACAAACACAUGCUUAGUACUGUUAGAAAGGUAAACACUGUGGGAUUCAGGUAAAGGUGUCAGAACAAUGUGACUACUACAGAGCCCAAGAUGCUAUUUUUUCAACAAAUAAACCAGUAAUUUUUUUUUUUUUUUUUUUGGGGGGGGGGGGGGGGGGGGGGGGGGGGGAUUUUGGGGAAUAAGAUAUUUGAAAGUCUAGAUAAAAUAUGUCACCAAUUACUGUUCUAAAAUAAAUUAAAAUCUCAGGUCUUUUACCAAAUGGUGGUGUUCUAAACAUGUGCAAAUCCCCAUUGGAACACAUCCACUUUAAAAGUGCAGGGCUUGUGCAACGUGCCAUACCUUCAUCUUACAGGAAUGAUAUACAUAUGAGGAGAAAGCUGAAGUCUCCAUCUAUCCAUUGAUGUAAAUAUAUCCUCGGUCUGAUUCCCAGUUCGUCCACUAGACAGCAGUAGGAGAUCACAUGACGUCUCUUGGCCACUUGAAACCAGUUGUCUGGUUUGGGUAGUGAGUCACUGUGCCAAAAUGGCUGAACGGAUUUUCAAGCAUGACAUCUUUUAAAAUUACCUUAGCAGUCAGUGCUUUCGAGUUAAGGAGUAAAAAAAUAAGACAAAGGUGAAGAAACUUCAAACUUCUUUUCCCAUUCACUUUUCCUAUUGUAAACGUUUGAGCUAGCUUAAUGGUGCAUGUGGAGGAUGCAUCCAAGGUAAUGUGGAUGGAGAAGGAAAUGCAUUGCUUUACAAUGACCAUCAGGGUGGACCCUUUCCAUGCAUACUAAAUGUUUGCACUCUUGGUGACUUGACCUACAUUGCAUAUUCUAUGAAUAUGUCCAUAGCGCAGCAUUUAUGGACAUUGGGGGGGAUUCUUAUGACAGUAAGAUUUGAGUUCGAUUUCCCCCCAAAAAAGGCCUGUAACUUUCAAAUAAUGUCACUUUCUAUUUUCAAAACCUCACCGGGCCCUGUACGGGGCGCAAAACAACCGCUCAGAUUUUUACUGGUUAAUCAGGUUCACUUUAUCUAUUAGUAGGAAUUAGAUGAAAAUCUGAUCCCAUUUUAGGUCAAAUUUAUGCAGAAAUACAGAAAAUCCUAAAGGGUUCACAAACGUCCUCUUACCACUAACUCUGCUGGCUAGGUUAAUUUACUAACUGUGUUAUACAUACUUGCUGUAGAUAGAUACAGAGGUCGAGGCAUCAGAAUCAAACUUCUUGGAACUUGUCCAAACGCUUCUAGAUGACCCAAAUAAGAGGGAACACUUCUUCCAGGUUGGUGUGAGAACAAUAUUUAUAAAACAGACAUUUAAAUCAAGGAGGUUAACUGAACGGCAGUGGAUGCACAAUCGAUUCCACAUCCUAUUCCAUUGAAAUCCUAGUUACUGGCUUACUCGGUACUGCUGAACCUCAACUUGUAUGCAUUAGAAAGGAAACGUGCCAAAACGACGGCUGGACGAUUGCUUCUGAUCAAAACACCGGUUGUAAUUUGAUGUCCUGUCUUCUAGGAAGUUUUUCCAGAAGAAUUCGGCCCCAUGUAUGACACAGCACUGCAGACUCUGAUGUGGGAGUUCCUCUCCAGGCUGGAGAAGCUGCUUCCAACACCAACAUUUCAACAGGUAGGUGCAAUUUGGGAAGAGACAAUAGUGGCAAUCUUGAAUUUCUGAUGUCGUUGAUAUCUGGUUGUACUAACAGGAAGUUGCCCCACUGUGUAUUAUGUUGUCAUAUUGUCUACCAUACAUUGUUGUUGUUAUUUGGUCAAUUUAAUUUGUUGCAUAUUUAAAACCACCUCCCGUUCUCAGACUGCGCCUCCCGAGUGGCGCAGUGGUCUAAAGCACUGCAUCGCAGUGCUAGCUGUGCCACUAGAGAUCCUGGUUCGAAUCCAGGCUCUGUCGUAGCCGGCCGUGACCGGGAGACCCAUGGGGCGGCGCACAAUUGGCCCAGGGUAGGGGAGGGAAUGGCUGGCAGGGAUGUAGCUCAGUUGGUAGAGCAUGGCAUUUGCAACGCCAGGGUUGUGGGUUCGAUUCCCACGGGGGGCCAGUAUGAAAAAUUAAAAAAUAAUGUAUGCACUCACUAACUGUAAGUCGCUCUGGAUAAGAGCGUCUGCUAAAUGACUAAAAUGUAAAUGUAAAUGGCUCAGACCUGCCCCCUCUAUGCUGAAGGAGUGUGCACAGUCUGUGACUCAACCUCAGCCUUUGAAGACCCUUCUCCAGCACCACAGAUGCCAUGACCAUUUGUUCACUAAUGGUAGGCUUUUUGUUGAAAUGUUUCCAUCUCUGUUUUCAUACAGUGGCAAAUUAGAUUGAUUACAUUCGAAUCAUUGUUGCAUACCACCUGCUAGAGACUCACACAAGUCAGCCACAAUUAAAAAGCUCCCAGUAAUCAAUGACACUUGUUAUACCGGCCGCAGACGACAUGUGUCUCUAAGACUGAUGGAGUGGUUUUGAUUUUGAUCUGUAAGACGUGCCUCUGGUAAUAUUCAGUCAAACAAUGGACAUUGACAGUGUGCAGAGUGUAGUUGCAUUUCUUUUCAGAGAAAUUAGGCCUAAGAUUGCAAUUAUGUUUUGGUUUUAGUUUAGAAAAGACAAAUAUUGAGCCUCCCGAGUGGCGCAGCGGUCUAAGGCACUGCAUCGCAGUGCUAGAGGCAUCACUACAGACCCGGGUUCGAUCCCGGGCUGUAUCACAACCAGCCGUGAUCGGGAGUCCCAUAGGGUGGCGCACAAUUGGCCCAGCAUCGUCCGGGUUAGGGGAGGGUUUGGCCGGGGGGGAUUUACUUGGCUCGUCGCGCUCUAGCGACUCCUUGUGGCUGGCCGGGUGCCUGCAUGCUGACCUCGGUCAUCAGGUGAACAGUGUUUCCUCCAACACUUUGGUGCGGUUGGCUUCCGGGUUAAGCGGGCGAGUGUUAAGAAGCGUGGUUUGGCGGGUCAUGUUUCGGAGGACGCAUGACUCGACCUUCGCCUCCCGAGGCCGUUGGGGAGUUGCAGCGAUGAGACAAGAUCGAAAUUGGGGAGAUAAAGGGGAUAAAAAUACAAAAUAAUACAAAGAAAAUACAAAUAUUUGAUUACGUAUGUUUUCUUUUUCCUUUCAGGUCAUUCAUUUUGUGUCGAUGAUUGCAUCCUCUCUUCUCUGUCUCACUCACUCUCAGAGAGGAUAGAAAUGGACAUUGAUGAAGCACGCUCACAUAGCCAGUCUAUAGCCACAUGUGCACCCAGAAAUGAAAGGGACACUUUUGAUAGAGCAAGAUAAUGCAGAGAAGGAGCGGGGGAUGAGUUUGGACACGGUUAAGAAGGCAGUGGAAAUGAUGGAUAGAAGGACAGAGGAAUGGGGAGAGAACAACUAUGAGGAGAGACUGCAACAUCAGUUGGCUUAA